AUGUCUCUAGAGACAGCACAUCUUGUGGAGGCAGAGGAGGUGUGCGUGAUAACGGAGCACGGAGAGGUGUGCGUGAAAACGGAGCCUGGAGAGGUGUGCGUGAAAACGGAGCACGGAGAGGUGUGCGUGAAAACGGAGCCCGGAGAGGUGUGCGUGAAAACGGAGCCUGAAGAGGUGUGCAUGAAAACGGAGCCCGGAGAGGUGUGCGUGAAAACGGAGCCUGAAGAGGUGUGCAUGAAAACGGAGCCCGGAGAGGUGUGCGUGAAAACGGAGCCCGGAGAGGUGUGCGUGAAAACGGAGCCCAGAGAGGUGUGCAUGAAGGAGAAGCGGGAGUCCGAGGACAGCGUGCUGCGCGGAGUGAGCGCGGCGGCCGCGGAGGCUGAACUAUACAUCGACCAUGAGGUCAAGGACGAGCUCGUGCUGGGCCCCGAGGAGUGGCACUGCCCUAAGGUGCUCCCAUUACAAGUGUUUUCGGACGGUUGCGCCGCCCGCGCUAGGGAACAGCUCGCGAUGGGUUGUUCCGUGGUGCUCGAGCGCCUCCGUGACGACGCGACUGUUCACAGUGGAGGCAAACCAUAUGGCUGCGAACACUGUGACGAACAUUUUAUAAAUAAGUCUAUUUUAAGAGAACACAAACAAUAUACUCACUUAUCGUCUGGAUCCAAGAAAUUUAAUUGUGAUUUUUGUAGUUCUAAAUUUCAAACUAAAAUGCUUGUAUUACAGCAUGAAAAAAGUGAACACGGUGCUACAAAUUUCAUGUGUGCUGAAUGUGAGUAUUCAACAAGUUCCAAGAAGAGUUUGCGAAUCCAUAUAAAGAGUCACCAUAUCAAUCUUAACCUUAAUCAAUCACACUUACAAAUACACCAGAUGAUACAUACUGGGGCGAAGCCAUUUCAAUGUAGCUACUGCGACUACAGGUGCAGGCAGAAAGGAAACUUACUAGUACACCAGAUGACACACACCGGGGAGAAGCCUUUUCAGUGUAGUCACUGUGAUUAUAAAUGCAGGCGAAAAUCAAGCAUAAAAAUACACAUGAUGAAACACACUGGGGCCAAGCCAUUUCAAUGUAGCAACUGCGACUACAGGUGCAAGCACAAAGGAAGCUUGUUAGUACACCAGAGGAUACACACUGGGGCGAAGCCAUUUCAAUGUAGCGACUGCGACUACAGGUGCAGGACGAAAGGACACUUGCUAUCACACCAGAGGAUACACACUGGGGCGAAGCCAUUUCAAUGUGUUAACUGCGACUACAGUUGCAGGCAGAAAGGAAGCCUGCUAAGACACCAGAUGACACACACAGGGGUAAAGCCUUUUCAGUGUAGUCACUGCGAUUAUAAAUGCAAUCGAAAAUCAGUCCUAGAAAGACACAUGAUGAUACACACAGGGGAGAAGCCUUUUCGGUGUAGUCACUGCGAUUACAAAUGCUGUGAUAAAUCAAGCCUAGGACGUCACCAGAAGACGCAUGCUGGGACGAAGCCUAACAACGCAGCAAUAGCGAGUACAAGUGCAGCCUGA